UUGCGGGGUCUCCUUGGAGCUCAGUGCUCUAACCCAGCCAUGAGCAUCAUCGGGGCUGAGGAUGAGGAUUUCGAGAAUGAUCUGAAUGAAGUGAUGGAUGACCUUUCUCCUCACUUCAACAGCAUAGACGUGCUGAAGGAUCAUCCCACUCACCUGCUGGUCUUCAUUCAACAUGUCAUUCUACAGUUUGACCCCGCUCCCCUGCUGUGUUACCUCCAUGCUGACCUCUUUAAGAGCCUCAGUGCCAAAGAGACCAAGAAGCAGUUUGUGGAGUUCUACAACAACUUCUUGGACAAGGGGGCUAUCCUCAGAGUGACAACGCCAUCUUAUAUAACUUAUGAAUUAGACCGAACCCGUCCAGAUCUGCUCUCCGAUGACACCCAAAAGCGUUUUGCUCAGGAUAUUCAGAGCCUGCAGGUUCCUGAAGUUGCCAAACAGCUGGAGGAUUUCAGGCAAAAGAAAAUGAUGGGUAUGACCCCCAAUGAGGCUGAACUGAUUGAUGUUGAGAAUCACUAUCCCACUGACCGUAUUCCGAUGGAGAUGAAGGAAAAGUCUGUGGCCGAGAACCUGCUGGAGAAGAUGUCAGAGACACAACCAACGAUCGUCUCAGACGAGGAGAAAUGCCAAUCCAUCUUUUCUGCUGUGGCCGUCUACAUGAAGCACCUUGGGGUGAAAACCAGGGCGGUAGACAGUAAAAAGUCCAGAGGAGGAUUCUUCAGGAGACAGUUAAAAACUAAGAAGGACGAAUCUACAAAGACGAGGCCCAGGGGGGUGUUCCAUAACAUCCCAAACUGGAUUGGAGGAAAUGCUGAGAUCAAACCAAAAUCGGACACUGAAGAUAAGGACAAAGUGCCUGCAGAGCGCAAAGGUAUUGGACCUAGCAAAGGCUCCAUAGACUAUUCAGUCCACGCCCCCAUUUCCAGAAAGCCUGGCUCCAGCGGAGGCUCGGCCUCAUUGCCGGGGUCGGAGGUCACCGACGCGUCGGGCAACAACAUCAGCUCUGCCGUUACCCCAGAGCCAAGUACAGAUGUGGCCCAAAGCAGUCGCCUGGAGCUUCCGACUCCAUCAGAAGGACUCAGCGUGUUUCCUGUUUGGUCGGGAUCUGGGCUUAGCCCGAUUGAGCCUAUAACAACCAAUGACUGUUCCACAGAGGAGCCUGUGGAAAAAGACAGUAGGAAAGUGGGGCGCAGUGAGAGCGCCCGUGUGGACCGGCACUCAUCUCGGCGUCGUGGCUCAUCCCGGGCCAAACAGUCUCGCUCACGUAGUGACGUGGACCUCCAGCCCCCCUCGUCCACGGCAACAACACCUGCCCCGCUCAGCCCCCAGCACCUCCAUCCUAGUGAGUGGCCCGUUUCAACUCCUGAAGGCCAGAGCCACUCCCCAACCAGCCCCUCCCCACAGCUGGAGGAGAUGGAGCCUCGCCUCCUGGAGUUUGAGCAAGACCCACCCAACUGGAGGGAGCUUGCACCUCCUCAAGCUCUGUCAGACCUCGGCAAGAAGGAGAUCAAGAGGCAAGAAGUGAUAAAUGAGUUGUUUGCAACAGAGCAUGCCCACGUGCGAAUGCUGAGUGUCCUCCAGAUGGUCUUCUCCAGACCACUGGAGAGGGAGGAGCUCCUGACAACCACCGAGCUGGCUGCCAUUUUCCCGAACCUUGAUGAAAUCAUUGAAAUGCACUAUAACUUCUAUGAGAGCUUGAAGAAACUGCGUUUGGAUGAUAAUUUCAUAGUGAAAUCCAUCAGCACCACAGUGCUCAACAGAUUUGGCGGUACAGAAGGAGAAUGGUUCCAGAAACUGACAGCCCGGUUUUGCAGUCACCAGUCAUGGGCUCUGGAGCAGAUAAAGAUCAGGCAGAAGAAAGAGCCACGCUUCAACUCUUUCAUACUGGAGGCGGAGAGCAAACCGCAGUGCCGCAGGCUGCAGCUCAAGGACAUUAUUCCGAUAGAGAUGCAGAGGCUUACAAAGUAUCCCUUGCUGCUGGAGAACAUAGCAAAAAGCACAGAGGAUUCAUUAGAGAAGGACAGAAUCCAGCAGAGUGCAGAGUGUUGCAGAAAGAUCCUCAACCAUGUCAAUGAAGAGGUCAAAGUGAUGGAGAACCUGUUGACCCUGAAGGAGUAUCAGCGUAAAUUGGACACGUCAGGGCUCAAACCCAGUAACGACCUUUAUACAGAAUACAAGAAUAUUGACCUGACUCAGAAAAAGAUGCUUUAUGAAGGUCCACUCACCUGGAGAGUCACCAAGGAAAAGGCUAUCGAUGUGCAGUGCGUGCUGCUCGUGGACAUGCUUGUGCUCCUACAGAAGCAGGACGACAAGAUGGUCCUCAAAUGUCAGAGCAAGAGUAACAUUGCCUUGCAGGAGGGCAAGCAGAUGCUGAGCCCCAUUAUUAAGCUGGACUCGGUCUUCCUUCGUGAGGUGGCAACAGAUCGAAAGGCUGUCUACGUGAUUUUUACUUGGGACAGUGGCGCUCAGAUCUAUGAAUUAGUUGCUCAGUCGGUUGGAGAAAUGAAAAUCUGGACUGAUGUGAUAAAGGCAGCAGUGGAUGAUCUGAAGAAGAGUGGAGCGCCAAUGAGGCUGACGUUGCCUCCUGAAAGUGGCGUAGCUCCCUUCAGUCCCUCCUUGCUAAGUACCCCGUUGAGUCUGACUGAGAAUGGAAGCAUGAAAAGUGGCACAGAUCGAGAAAAGCAAAGGUUGACAGAUGACAAGUCUACAGAUCCCAGGCACAGGCUGAUAGAUUUCCUGUCAGACAAAGGCUUCGACUUGAUAGGCUACUCUAACAGCGAUGUGGAGAAUUUGGCCAACUCUGCUUUGGAUGACGUCAUGUCCCUGAAAAGACUGUUGGUCACCAGCAUCAGCCUGUCAGAAGACACACGACCUGAACAAGAAAAUGAAGACGAGCCGUCUGACGUGCCCAAUCCAGAGACGGAUAGCACUCAGUCUACAGAAGAAGGUGAGACCGCAGAGCAAAGUGCUGAGGAGGCGAACACUGUCCCUUGUGAAAAAGAAGGGGCAGAGACAAAAGGAGAUGGGGAACAGAACAUCAGCACGCCCCUGGUGAUGUCCCAGGAGAGGAUGGAGGAAGUAGACUACAGAUUGUUGAAGAGGAGCACCACAAGCUUCAGGAGGCUCUUUCUGAGUUCUCUCUGGAGGGGGCUAACUUCCAGUAAGACACCAUCACACCACCUGCUGGCCACGAGGUAUUUACUGGUUCUGGUUCAGGCUGAGUGACUUUCAGAGGCUUUCCUGGAAAUUCCUGAACCCUCAUCCGUCUCGCCUGGACCUUUGCUGUAUUAUUUCUUUGUACCACACAUGCUUGCAGCCAAGCAGGAAGUUUUCUGCCUGUCGAAGGAGUGUAAUGGCUUUGUUCACAGUGCAGUGGUUCAGUGAUGGAACAUGGGAGGUGUGUGCAUGUUUAUGUGUGUGUCUGUUUGGGUGUGUGCUUGGAAGAAAGGCAUACAAAGAAGAGGAAAAGAAAAACAAAAAGAUGGAUAUCCUACUGCUGAGUGGGAGGCUGUUUUUGCAGAGAGGUGCCAAAAGAAAUUAAGCAAUACCUUUGCUGUGAGAGAGAUGCUGCCUAACAAAAUCUAAUGAUUUCAUUCUGCUGUAACACACAUACGCACACCAGUGAAAUGCACGCUGGAAAAUAUUUUACAUUGAUACCAAUAAUAAGUCAAAUGUACAGUAAAUGGCCUUAAAUGGUUAAUGUAGCAUUAGAAGUUUUAUUGAAAAACUACUGCUGAUAUCUUAUGUUAUUUCUAUUCUAUACCAAAGUACAACAGAGAUGCACUUUCUUUGUGAUCAAAAGAAGUUGAACACACACUGUUUUUGCUAAAUUUAUUAUUUAAACUCUGAGUCAGUUUUUGAUCAGAUGGGCUUAAUAUAAGCAGCCCUCAAUAUUGAAAAGAUGCAUAAAAAGAGAGUGUGUGUAUGUGUGUUACAAAGUUUUUAAUUAAGUUUGUUUGGAGGGUUCUUACUGUAAUUAGGUCUCAUAAAGAACAUUUAUACAUAGUGGCACUAUAGGCAAUCAUGCUGCUACUAAUGGAGACUUGUUUGUAUGUACUUCUUUUAUUUAUUCCUCUGAGUCUUGUUAGGUCAGUGGGUUGCCUCAUCUGAGUGAUACUGUUACAACACUGGGCCAAAAACAGAGGUUGAUGUGGAAGAGUGGGAGAAAGUGGAAGAGGUCAAACCUGGUAUGUGUAAUGCAGAUCAAGAUGAUGAAAGAGUGUGGGGGGGGGGGGGGGGGGGGGGGGGGGAGGCCUGAGGAGUGGAUUUAGAGAUCGUUGUUUUGGUUUUGAUAGCUUGAACUGAGUUGUCCGGAGAGAAUGUGAAGAAAACAUGAGAUUAGGAUCUGUGCCAUCUAUGCUGACGUAAUACAUAGACAUGCACACACAGACACAACCCACAGAGGGCCCAGUACGCAACAGAAGAGCAUUUCUGCAGUGUCAGCACCCCCCAGAGAGAGUUUACAACUCCUGAUCUAAAACAUGAGCUUGAGUCAAGAUUAGAGAUUGUAUUAUAUGACAUUAGAUACUUUGUAGCCACAAACAUGAAUUAUAAAAAAACAUAUAAAUCUAUUUUUCCCUGGUGGCAAUAUUUGUAUCAAAACGGAGCUGCCUUUCUAUUUUACUUAGGCUUUGGUUGUGAUUAUAAUCCAGCUGUGUUUCUGAGGCUGUGCACGCAGGACCAAAGAUAUAACAAAUCCCGUUAAACCUUCAUUGGAGCUGACGUUUUGUCGGUGAUGAGCCUCCUUUGUUAAACUGCAGGUCCCAAAGGGCUGAGCGGUCGGCCGUCAGUACAGUCUGUGCUUUUUCCCUCCUCCCGCACAUGUGGCAACGUGACGGCAAAGAGGUUCGGAACGCACAAUGAAAGCUGAAACUGGAUGUCCAUGAAAAUAUUUGUCAGGCCACCAGAGAAUGUACAAUGCCAAGAUGAAGUGUGUGCAGACAAAUGGAACAGAAAAGAACAAAAGAGUCGUUUUCUAGGUCUGUUUUUGUAAAAGCCUGCAAGACUGCCACAAGUCCUGCAAAGGGGACCCGAGACCGAGCACUGUUAAACUCUGUGGUGCUAAGUUGAACACAUGGGACCUGGUCCGUGUGCUUUAGGAAAAAGAAAAAGAAAAAAAAUGUAAAAAGCAGCGAGACAAUGAAGCAAGUUGAAGUUACAAAGGAAGGAGAAGCUUUGCAGGAAGGAAAACUGUAGUCCCAUUCCAUUGUCGCUUUCACCAGCACUGUAAUCAUGAUCACUUCCUGAUAAGCAUUCUCAUUGUUGCUGCGGCAACAACAGAUUCUGCCUCCUGGACCUACUGAACCUCGUCGUGUUAGCUCAUUUUAGCCACUUGAGCGCCACAAGUUGCAGGAUUAUUAGUUUGCUUUGGAAGAGAACUGCCGUCUUUCCCAAGGAUUUUCCUCUUAGAAAUUGUAAAUAAAUGUUAGGUUGAAUGAAUAAAAGUAGACAAAGGAGGUGCAUGUUGCUUUUUAGCUACGCUUGCCUUCAGAUAACUUGGUAAUCUCUGCUGAGCAUAAUCACCUUUUUCUUACCGCACAGUUUUACCAGAAGUUCUGUAUUUCUUUUUUCUCUUUACAUUCUGAAAGGGGUUGGGGAAGCUUUUGUAUUGAUGUACUAUGCAUUCGCUGUAAUGGUAAGAGAGACCGGACUCCUCUGUAAUUAUCUAUGCAUGAAUUUAACAAUUAUGCAAAUAUUGUAACCACAACAAAUUCCUUUUGUGUCAAACUGCUCUGCGUUAUGGCUGCUUAGCAUACUUAAGGGAUAUAUUUGAAGAGAUCAUCUCAGUAAGGUUUUAAAAAAAAAAAGAAAAGUUGUAAACUUGAGUGGUCCGCUUUCCAGUGGUGCCUUCACGCUUCAUUGGCUGAUGCCCAUUACUGGCAUCUCCUUCAUGCUUUUCAUGUAUUCUAUAUAAGAUGUAUAAAAAAUGGUAUUUAUAGAGUGGUGCCUUGUUCUGACCAUCAAGUUCUUUGCUUCAUAAAGGGCUCUUUAGUCAAACUCAAUCAUGGUUGUUUUGAUGGCUCUCCCAGGCCACCCCACAGAGACAUGUGGCUACAAAGCUGUAAAAUGUCAUCCCUGGAUGCUGACUUGGAAGGGUUCAAGAUUGUUGGGUUUCUUGUUGUCAUUUUACAUUAAUUAAACUUAAGCCACAACUUCAAUCCUUGUGUAUCCACCUCCAUUACAUCUGUGAGAUUUGAGCCCACUCGGCCAGCCAGUGGCCCAUUAAGCGAAAACACUGCUCCUUGUCAUACUAGCCUCUUCCAUCUUGUCUAUCUAUAAACUAUGAAUAUGCAAGAACUAUAUUGUGUAUUUGGUAUUUUAUUGUGUGAGGGGCUCUUAAAUGAUGUAUGCCUAAGGACAAUUGUGGUACGGUCUGUUUUUUUUUUUAUUCUUCAAUUUUUUUAAAUAAACUGGGUAAUGAAACACCUGUUUGUCAUUAAUAUAGAACAAAACAAAUAGAUAUUUCUACUGCUACAGGUUUGUGAAAUUGUAAUGUGUUCAAAAAUUAGGAUUAAGAAAACUAUGACGACUUAAUUUGAAGAAUAAAAUCUAGACAUGAACAG